CCUCAUAACGGCCCGCGAGUAGGAAGUGUUUUCCCAGCGCUGCUGUCCGUGCCCCCGGCGGGCUGUGCUGCGGGCUCGCCACUAACUCUCUGCGUUUCCUCCAGAUCCCGACACAGCCACCGUCCCUCGCCCGGGGAAGCAGGCGUGGGCAGAAGACCAUGGGCAAGAAUCCCCCUUUCCCAGCGGGUUCCCUCAGCAGCUUGGAGUGUGAUUAGCAAGCCAAGGCUGUUGGAUUUAUUUAAACACCCUGCCUCUCAUUGAUUAAGAAAUGAAUGGCAGAAAUCGCUCAACGAAGCAGCCCCAGUUUAGCGGAUUGAUUUACUCGCAGUAUUGGCCAUGAAAGCGAAGAAGUUUAUGGGAGUAGAUUCGUCCAGGGAGGUCACAGUGCGACCUCCAGGCCAUCAGGUGUUGCAGAGAGUUCAGAUUUUUCCUCUUGUAGCUUUGCACCAAAAUCCACCGUGUUUUCCACCUCCUGGUCCACGGUUCACCAUCAGCCGUCCGCGGCAAUGACCGGGAUCUACCAUCCCUACAUGCAUCAGCCCCACUUAGGGGCAGCCGACGCUGGCCGCUACGUGCGCUCCUGGAUUGAGCCCUUCCCGGGCUUCCCGGGCGGCGGCGGCGGCGGCGGCGGCAGCGGCAGCGGAGGCAGCAGCAGCGGCGGCUCCGCGUCCAGCUCCGGCUCCUCCAACGGGCGCCACUACGGGAUAAAGCCGGAGACGGGAGCAGCCACCUCCUCGUCUUCCUCCUCCUCUUCCUCCUCCUCCAAAAGGACUGAAUGCUCCUCGUCUCGGGAGUCCCAGGGGAUCGGUGUGCCCGAGUACACGUGCAGCUCCUUCCUCCAGGAGUCCCGGGAGAAGGCGCCUGCCGGCAGCUCCAAGGACCCCGCCGCCUGCAGCCACAACCCCAGCCCGAGCAGCGAACUGAAAGAGGAGAAGCAGCAGCAACUUGACCCAAAUAACCCUGCAGCAAACUGGAUCCACGCUCGUUCAACGAGGAAAAAGCGUUGUCCCUACACAAAGUAUCAAACUCUGGAACUGGAAAAGGAAUUUCUGUUUAACAUGUACCUCACCCGAGACCGCCGUUACGAAGUAGCUAGGAUUUUAAACCUCACAGAGAGACAGGUCAAAAUCUGGUUUCAGAACAGAAGAAUGAAAAUGAAAAAGAUGAACAAGGAGAAAGGCAAUAAAGGAGACUAACGCUGGGGUGGAAACGUAGUUGGAGACUAUUAAUUUAGUUUUGAGUUUGGAUUUUUAUCGGGGGAGUGUGGGGUUUUGGUUGUUGAGGGAUUUUUUUUUCUUUGGUUUUGGGUUGUGGCUGCUUGUUUUUGUUUGGUUGUGUGGGUUUUUUUGGGGGGUUUGAUUGUGGUUUGGUUUGCUUUUUUUUUUUUUUCUGUUAGUUUGGUUUUAUUCUUUCUCUGCACCCUUAGCCCCCCCCAUACGUCCUCCUCCUGCGCCACUCCACCCCAGGGAUUUUAAAUCAAUCGUGCUUUCUUUUUUUUUUUUUUUUUUUUUUUUUUUUUUUUUUUUUUUUUUUCCCCUUGGUAGAAGUGAAACGUGGUCUGUGUCAGGUAUUUCCGGAAAUUUUGUCUUGCUCGACAACGUGUUUUUCAGUCUCUUGAUACUCCCCUCCUCCUUCCCAGACCAUUUAGAUGACAAUAUUGUGAGUGCACGUUAGCUUUGGGAACUCCAUCUGAUGUUAAAUGUUUGACAUGUUUCUUAAAAGUGAUGUAGACUAGAUAGUUAUUUUGCCAAAAUAAAGGUAAGGAAAUUAA